UCCCCACAGAUGGUUAAAUACGAAGGGCUCAUGUUACAUUACAGGGCGAAAUAAUAUAACACUGACAUUAUUCAUAAGUUUUCCCAUAUAAUUCGUCAUACCCGUGUCCACAUAUCAAUAUUUUGACAAGCUAAAAGCGCAUUUCCAUCGAGUUUGGUGCAUUAAAUGGAGGAGAAGAAGGAAGACGGAGACUCGGAGAUUCAGGAACACGGACCCGAGCACUGGUUCUCAAAAUGGGAGCGGCAGUGUUUGGCCGAAGCGGAGCAGAGGGAGCUGAGCGAGGAGGAGGCCGACAACGACCAGGAUAAACUGUGGCAUCUUUUCCAGAACUCCGCCACAGCUGUAGCUCAGUUAUACAAAGACAGAGUAUGUCAUCAGCAGGGCCUGUCAUUGUGGGUGCCAUUUCAGAACUCUGCCACAGCAGUGACCAACCUCUACAAAGAGAGUGUAGAGGCCCAUCAGAGGAGCUUUGACAGGGGCUUCCAGAUAGGACACCAACGACGCAAUAAGGACAUGUUGGCCUGGGUGAAAAAGCGCAGGAGAACUAUACGCAGAGAGGAUCUUAUCAGCUUUCUAUGUGGCAAAGCACCACCACACAGGAGUAGCAGGGCCAGCACCCGACUGACCAUGGUGGCCCCCAGCCGGGCUAAUUCACCAGCUGAGACUGGCUCAUCUGUGGAAGCAGACCUCCAGCCCUUCAGGGAGGCCAUAGCACUGCAUGGUCUGAGUGGAGCCAUGGCGAGUAUCAGUGUUCGCUCAGGAGCUCCCGGUUCUCCAACACAUGUGAGUGGGAGCAGCAGUAACGGAGGCGGCGCUGCUGGAGGCGGCUCCUCUGGCUCCGGGCCGGUCUGCCGCAGCAGGCGUAACGGGCUCCAGGACGUCGACCUGAACACUUUCAUCUCAGAGGAAAUGGCCCUGCAUCUGGACUCUACAGGCUCCGCCUCCACCGGAGGGGGAGGAACCAGGAAACGAAACUCCACCCAGUGCAGCGAUGUCAUCACAGACUCCCCCACACACAAACGCAACAGGAUGAUCUGAUCUGCUGCCUGCUUAUGUGUGUGAGGGAGGUGGGGGGAAGCCUUGGAAGCCGAGGCGAGGAGAGGAGAGGGGGAUGGACGGGCUUAUGUGGGACAGAUGGACGGACAGACGUACGGAUGCCUGACUGUGCUAAAGAUCCCGCUGAACAUGAAAACAGAGACUGAAGGUCUCUUGUUUACUCUCCUGAGAUGUUGAACGAAUUCUGUUCCUUGUCUCCUUUCCCGACAUUAUUUCUACAAAUCGCUGAUCUGCAAUCAGAACACUCAAAUAGUGUGAGUGUAGGGGAGACUAGGGUGUGAGUACCACAUCUCUGCCCUGGAAAGGAGACAGUGAAGGGAGUCACCAACUCAUUCUUGGAUUCUUACAGUUCUCAAAGGGGGUAAACAUGCAGUGUGCUGCUUGAUGAGUAAAAGCCACUUGAUCCUUGACACAUUAGUGCUCUUCCCUCCCUUACCUUAACCUCACCCAUCCUCACCUGCCACCUUAAUAAGGAAGUGAGGGCCAUGAUCAAAUCGUCUCUCAUUUAGAGAAUCUCGCCAAAUGUUGAUUCCCGCUCUGUUAGUAACUGGCUGACACCUCUUUCUGUUACUUUUAGAUUAAUUGUCCAACAGGAGAAGAUCUUUGACAUCAUCCUGUCGCGCGUUCCCAGUUAUUUCACUCGUUUAAAGGCGUUUGAACAUUCAGGCUGUUAUUCCUGCUUCAACACUGGCUCAGUUUAGUUCAUCCAGUCACCGUUUUUGUCUUCAAUUCUUCAGCCACCAGUGUUAAAUCUUAGGUUUGUUGCCACGGUUUGUCAGCAGUGAUAGCCAAGUUAACAUUGUGUUCUUUCUCCAUCUUGUUUUUCUGUUUGUUUUUGAGGAUAAUGGAAAGGAUUUUUUAAAAAUUUUCUUUUGUGUACACAGCUUCUCAGACGGCUGUUUCCUGUCUGCGACGCCCUCUCCCUCCUUUACCCUCAUCUUAUUAUGAAAGCAGCUGCUGUUUUAUGUGAUCUCGUGAUUAUGCUGAUGAGUUGCAAUAAGGAAUUUUUUGCACUUAGCUUUCACCUCUAACUCAUGCAAACAAAAUCGGCUCUUCCAUUGUAUCCCAGUUGUAGCCCUAGACAAGGCCCGCUGUGGUCGGACCACACAUUACUUACAGGUUGGUGCUUAGGAAACAUAGAAAUUGAGCUCUCUUUCACACAUCUUUGAUUUCAGAUAAUCUCUUCGGAAGUAUUUGAACACGUUGUGGCGCUUUUGGGACUCUAAGUCCUUUGCUGUCCGGCAGAAGAAUUAACUUAAAAGAUAAUUGGUGCUGUAAAGGAAGUAUGAAUCACAUAAUGUUCUAACAAAGGUAGCUUCUUUAAAAUACACAAAUGGAAGAAGGUGCUAAAAAGGGGCUGUAAAUCAGGCCCGGCUGGCAGAUGUUUGGACUGGACACUGUCUGCUCUUUGUAUAAGGGAUGUGUGCAUUAAUAAGAUGUGGAUGGGUUUGAUUUAACGUGGUACAGGAUGACGCAACAAGCAGCCUUUUUCUUUCUUGAAAUGGUUGCUGCCUUCCAUCCUUCUCUUAGGGAGUGGAGGAGGAGACACUGAAAUCACACAAGUCAGAAUUUGAAUUAUAUUUGGUAAAUUGCUUAGUAAUGUGUGCCAAUCCUGAACUGAUGCAGGCAAAAAUGUAGGAGAUAAUUGGAGAAACCUUGUCAAAUCAUUGGAAUAUGAUAUUGCUCCCAGGGCUGCCCACACUAAAAAUAUUCCCUGUCAACUAGUAGUUCUUAAUUUAAAACAGUAGUCAACUAGGUGUUUUGUGUGCUUGUGAUAUUUUAUUUAUCUGAUUAAAUAUUUCAGGGGAGUGGGAGAAUAGAAGUUCAAAUGCUGAAAGGAAUGUUAAAAGAAACAUUAACACUGCGCUACAUGGCAGAGUAACACUAAUUAUAAGCCAUUAGCAGAACACACACAAAGCAAGCUGCCUGUUGGUGACAAAUUCAAGAGUGGUUCCCUAGUUGGCGUAGGAAGACAAACAUAGCUUGUAGUUAAGCUAAGUAUUGCCGGAAAGCUGCAAGACAUGGUAAUGAGUAUGAAACAGGCUUUUAAUUUAACUGGUGAUGCAAGCACAAUCCACCUCUCUUUUCACAACUCUGAUGUAUCCAAGCUUUUCUGGACACUUCAUAGUGGAAGCCUGUCACUACACAAAAACGUAAACAUUGCUCUGAUACUAGUAGAAAUCAAGCAUAAUCUAUUUGGAAGUAAUCAUCCGAGACAGUUUGAAUAAAAGGUGAUUUGUAUUUUCAAACUGCGACGUCUACUUUUGACUUCUCUCAUUUACGAUCCUUUGAAGUUGAGUGGAACUUCUUUUGCAUCCUUCCAAUAUAAAAACGUGAUCAAAACAGGAAGUAAUAUUCUAUAGGCAGUCUAUUAAAUAAAGCUUGGACUUUGACAUGUCUGCUCUCACUCAUGCAAACAUUGUUUAACUGCAAAGUGAAUGCAGCAAUCCCAAAUCAUCGUUUUAGGAGUUGAGUGUAUUGCUACAUCCCAAAUGUUGAAGCCUGUUUCAAUUCCAUGACAACAAAAAAAGAGACUAGGCACUAAAUAUCGAGUAAUUUCUUGUUUUUGGAGAAUGAAAAUUGUAGCCAAGUCCUGCACACUGAACAUAUAUGUUGGCAGCAUAGUUGUUGAAACCACUCGUUCCACCUCACCCAGCAGCUUUUGGUGAUAAAUGACUUAAGAUACGAGGUUUUCAAAGCUUUAGUACUUGAAGAUUCUACCAAUCAUUAAUAUAACAAUGGUUGUACUAUUUUUAGAACAUGAUGUACUGACAAAAAAAAGGGAUGCAUGUUGGAAAUGUUGAACUUUUGCCAAUAAUUCAUUUUUGCGGCUACUUAUUUCAAUAGCAAUACAUACAAGGGUCUGCCUAAAACUUCACAACUUCAAGCUUACCUUAUGAAUCACAUGAUGGGAAAUGGUUUUCAAAUAUAAGAUCAUUAUGUCAAUCAAAUAUGAUUUGUUGCCACUAUUACCUUAAUCUAACCUUAUUUUAGUGUUAUUUUUUGGCACCUGGUUUUAUUAGGGCUGUAAAAACUAACUGCCAUUGACUAACAAAAGGAAAAUCGAAGGUGCUAAGAAACUAACUACAUUUCUCUUAUCUCAAGAAAUAAUCUAUUUCACUAAAAUACAUUUAUUGUGUAAAUGAAUAUAUAAGCCGUGUUAAAUAUUCAUGUUUUUAAGUGAAAUAGAUAAAGUUUAAAUAGGCCCGUUAAUGGCAAUUUCUCUUCUGUGUUAGCCUCAAGCUAACAUCCCUUCCAUCUCUUUAUUUUUUCGCAUUUACCUUGAAGUGACUUUUAAAACAGCCACUUUCUUUUGAUUUGUUUGGCUGAAAAUGCUUGCAGAAUUUUUCAGGACAGUCUGGGUGCAGGCCGUCCAUCUCUCACAGACCAUUCUUCUGAGACGCUGGAUAUCUCAGAACGGAAAUGCACGCAAAAACUUUCAAAAUAAAAUCGUAUUAAACUUCCAUUUAGGGUAAGGGUUUAAAGUAACAGUUGGGAUACCAUUAGUCAAAAACCGGAACAACAAAAUGUUUAGUAAAGCAGAGUAAAGAGUCUGCUUACAGGGAAAACGCUUGUACUAAAGCAGCCAGUGUAGCUUGCGUAGCUCCUUUAGCUAUAUAAGCUAAGUAGACAAUGGAGCUAUAGAGUCACCAAAGCUACAGCUAUGCUCAUAAAGCAGCUACAUAAGCUAUAUAGCUAUGUUUAUCUAUAUAGCUAUGGUAGCUUUAGCUACAUUUGCUAAGCUCAUUUUGCUAAAGCUUACUUAAGCUAUAGAUAACAGCGCUACAUAGCUAACAAAACUGAAGCUAAGCUCACAAAGCAGCUACGUAAGCUACAUAUCUACAUAGCUAAGGUAGCUUUAGCUAUGUUUGCUAAAGCCAACUUGCUAUAGAUAACAGAGCUACAUUGCUAACAAAGCUAAAGUUAAGCUCACAAAGCAGUUAUGUAAGCUACGUAGGUACAUUAUCCAUAUAGAUAAGGUAUCUUUAGCUACAUCUGCUGACACUAACAUUGCUAAAGCUAACUUGGCUACUUUGGCUUAUGGAGUAACAUUACGUAGCUAGUGGAGCUAUGUUAGCUUCAGCUGAAGCUGAUGAAGCCAAAGCUAGCCACUGUUCAUAUAUCUACUUCCAAAAUGGGUCUGUUCAUAGUUUAUUCCCAGAUAGACCUCAUAACUUUUUUCUGUUUUAUUUAUUAAAUGUUUCUAAGUGUGUGGUCAUAUCAUUAAUGUAACAGCCAGAUUUGUUUAUGAAAAAAAAAAAAAAAAACAUCUUAAAUUGGAAAUAUGUUGUACCGGCCAAUUGCAGCACUUCCAUUCUGAGCUAUAUGGCGUCUAAGAUAAACAGUCUGUGACAGGGACCGUCAGAAACAUACGGUCUGCAGCCAGACCACUCUCCAACAUUUCACACCUGCUUACACUAAUUAAUGACUCUGAGCUAUUAUCAGCCAUGUUUGAUAAUAUAUGCAUCCCUAUCUAGAGGUUUUGUGGUGUCCAAAAUAGGAGAGGAGAGUCCUUGAGAACCUCAGGAGAGACUCAGCUCUCCUAAAAGACCUACCAGUCACCAGUUUCUCUUUGUCAGCGAUUCCCUGAAACAGACCUUUUCAACUCAUUAGGUAAAGUUGGGUCAACUAUAAGAAGGCAGCUCUACUCAUUUAGCAUUGAAGCUACUACAAGUUAAAUAAUUUAAAACAUCUUGAAAACAUCACUGAGGAGUAACUCCCACUGUGACUGACUUGUGCUAUCUCACUGCUCCUCCUCUUUGUGUUCCCUUAUUUGUGUUGACUUGUUCGCUCUCCCCUUCACCUUUAAAACCUGGAAACAGGAAUUUUAUCUUUUUGUUGUAUAAAGCAUGCCAGUUCUUCUGUUACAUUUUGGUCACAGAUUUCACUUUUUUGCGUUUAUUGGUUGGCUUCUCUAUUCCUGAAUAAUUACUGGCUUGUCAGAGUAAGAAACGAACCAGGCUGAGAUUCGUCGAUUCCAUCAAAGCGAAUGAAGAAUUCAAGUUUUUUUCUUUCAUACAAGUGAAACCACUGAAUUUGACAGCUGAACCUUAAUAUAAGGAAAAAUGUAAUGUGAUUUGCCUAAUGAGACUCUGAUUCCUGUGAAGGAGUGCCAAUAAGUAAUUCAGAGGGUAAUUCAUGACUGUCUCAGUUUGAAAAUGUAUCUUGUGCUUAAAAAAACAAUGUUUUGUAAGUUUUGCUUAGUUCCGGCUAUUGCAGGUCUGAUAAAUUAUGUUUUAAAAAGGAAAAAUACAUGUUUCUUUAAUCAGAACCUCACCCAUGAAGUCUCAUUAGUGUCCAUGUUAUUUAAACACUAAUGGGCCCUGCAGGGGGAUUGUUACAGACCAUGGUGUAAAGUGCUGGCAGAGGAUAAGAGCAUGAACUAAAGUCUAAUUAGAGUCGCUUGCCUGGCCUCGACUGCUACAAGGUUUCUAUCCCCUUAACUUUCAGAGUAAGCUGCUCUUUGAAUGUUUUUCUCUUGCUGCGAGUUCCUGCUCAGUCCAACAUGUUUGUCAGUCAUGCCUCCUGAAGAGGAAAAACUUGACACCAUCAUAAAUGUCACCUCUUUCAGACUGAGCUUUCAGCACAUCUUUGGGUUUUAUAAACAUGCUGUGUCUACCAGAGGAGAACGUUUAUUGACACAGUUUGACGUCCUGUCAUUUCUACAGAAGCCCUAAGAGGACAUACAUCUAGACAUUUUAAGUAUCCUUUUUUCCCUUGAUAAAGAGUCAUGUCUGGGUGUUUUCUCCAUAUCUUAUUUAUUUCAUAUUCUAAGACUGCAAAAACAUAAACAUAGGUUCUGUGAUUCCACAGUAGUGCCUUUCUCAUGCUUUAGGUUUUAUAAGACCAGAUGGAGCUGGUUUUUCUUUUGUAAAUGAUUCUUUAGGAAUGUCGGGUCCAUUCUGAAAUACAUCGAAAACAUUUGGAUUGAUUGCCUUGAGAGUGAAGACUAAGAUUGCACCACUUUUGCUUACAUUUGAGUACUUACUCAUACCAAGGAUCCAAGGUGGAAAGAUGCUACUACCUUUAGUAGAAUACAAUCAGUCUUUAGCUUUCGAAAAAAGUUAAAUUUCCACCCAUUAGUGAAUUAAUGCUGAAAUAAUGCUGUAAAAUAGGGUUGGUACCAGGGCAUCACUAGUGAGGACAUCCGCCCUUCCUCACCGUUUAUCUUAAAAGAUGGAAAAGUUUCUGUGCUACUGCUAAUAUUUAACUACAAGCAUGCCACAUGCUUAAUAAAGAUGGUAAACAAGGUGAGCAUCAGAAUGUCAGCAUCGCAGUGUUAGAGUUCAGUCUGUUUUGCCUUGUGUAACAGCUACAAAUGCACAGAUUGUGAAAAUUAGGGCCGUUGAUUUAGUUACUUCUUUUCUCUCAUGCCAAGCCAUAAGAACAGAUCAGUUUGUCUAACUGGUCACGUCUUUUGCCCUGUUAAAAAACCUCAAAUUUGAUUCAGUGGCUGGAUCUACCAAAUGAUAACACUGAAUAUAUAGAACACAACAGAUAAACAUUGGUAUCCCAAUAGUGCAUCCCUAGUUGCAGCAUUGAGAGGCAUCUGCUAUGCUUUCAUGACUACUUUCAUCCCCAUCAUUCCACCUCUGUCAAUGAAACCUUGCAGAAAGGGCCUUUUAUUGAUGCCUUUUUCUGAAAGUAGCAGCACAGAGGCUUGACUUACCGCCUUAGUGAAGGCAGCUCCAUAGAUCAGCAGAAAAUGACUAUUCCCAUGAGAUGCAUGUCUGCUUAAGGCUACUGUACUUCUUGUUUUUUUUUCUGGAGAAAUGAUCUCUUUGAGUUUCUUAAUCUCGCCUUGUUAAGUCAUGCAAUGAACCCUUAUCAAAUCCAGGUUUUGCCUAAGUACGUCCUCUUUUGAUUCCUUUUUUCCACUUCUGUCUUCCUAUACACUUUUCCCACAUUUUUAUGCUUAUAAAACCCAGUCCUGCACAGUUUACCUUGCAAAAGCCAGCAACAACUCAACUCUUUGUUAAAAUGGACAAGAAGAAACCUUUACACCAAACUAAGUCAGUAUGCAAUGAGCAGUUUUUCUGUCAGAGGCUUAAAGGCACCCGUCUCUGUAGACUUUAUCAUGACAUUAGUUUUUAAACAGCCUUUCUCCUUCCUAGAUCAUUAAUUUGUGAUAGUCAUGAUUAACUUGUUUGCAGAGUGAGGUCUUAACUUAAAAUCUUGAUAAUUUUGUCCAAAACUUGACUUAAAAGAGUUGGCUAUGAGCAGGAUUAUGCUGUCUUUAGAUCCUUAUCUUUAAAUGUCAGCAUUUAAACCGCGUUGAUUAUCCAGUUUACACCAGAGGGGGGGCGCUUUUGUUUUCCUUCUCUUCCCCUGAGCCAGUCGCCGGCCUUCAUCCACACCGUUUCUAAAAGGCUGACCCAUGCCUUGUGUCUCUGGAGCCAAUACUAUUAUCAGCUGUUUCUUGAUACUUAUUUGUUGAAAAAAAAGUAAUAAAUGGCUAAUCUAUAUACUUAACAUUUAAUUGUUGGUAAAAUUAUAUGUGGUUCACAUUGUAAAAGAAAUAAAACCAUGAGUUGCAAUUGGAUGGAAUAUGUUUCAUUAAAAAACAAGAAAGUAAAAGGAGUGUGUGGAUUUACUUGGUUGCUUUUUAAGUGUUGGAUUUUUAAAAAAAAUAAAAUUGUUUUUUCUUAAUCACCAUGCCAAAAGACAAACCCAGUAUGAUAGUUUAGGAUUGGUUACAGCUUUUAAAAUUCGUACAUUUUUUGGCAGUAAAACUCAGAUUUGUGUCAGUGUUUUGGGAGAUAUAUUGGUAACAGGAGCUGGCACGACAGGAUCCUUUAUAUACAUGUGUAAAUUUAAAAAAAACUGAGUGAUAAAAAGACCAAUACAACAACUUUAGCUGCUCUCAUUAGGGUCAUCAUUCCUUUGGGCCACUAGAGGGAGCCAGAGGACAGCAUUGGGUAAACCAGCUUACUAAAUGUCAAAUGUCCAUCGAGAAAUUUGUAAUCGUGUAGUAUCGAACUAACUCAUUAAGGACAAAAAAUUAACACUUCAACGAACAUCCAUCAUCCCAUUCAUUAUCUUAGCCACUUAUUCCAUCCAGGGUUGCAGUCAGAU